CUGUGCUGUCUUGACCUUGUCUCUGGUGUUAUCUGGCUGGACGAGUCUGUAAAGCAAAGCUGUGAUACCUGAGGCUGAACUGAGAUAGUUGAACCUCUGUUGAUUUAGGAGCUAUGGCCUUCAACAACCUGUUCGGUGCGAAGCCUGCUGGACAAACUGGGGGAUCGCUCUUUGGGCAGAGCACUACGCAGCCUCAGGGAGGCCUCUUCGGCAACAAUCAGCAGCAACCACAGCAGCAACCGCAAGCCGGUGCGUUUGGCAGCUUUGGCCAGCCCCAGGGUCAAAACCAGACCCAGAACACGAACCCCUUGUUUGGCUCGACCUUGGGGCAGAACCCGCAACAGCAGCAACAGCAGCAACCUCAGCAAGGGUCCUCGCUGUUCGGCAGCACGUUCGGCCAGCCACAACAGCAGCAGGGCCAGCAACAGCAGCCGCAGCAGCCAACGGGCGGCCUCUUUGGCCAAACCGCAGGCCAGCAACAGCAGAACGCAGGCGGGCUGUUUGGCCAGCAGCAGCAACAACCACAGCAGAAGCCACUGUUCGGCACGGGAGCAGGAUCGCUCUUCGGGAGCACUCCUCAAAAUCAACAAGGUCAACAACAACCGCAACAACAGCAGCAGCAGCAGGCGCCUUUCGGAAGCAUCGGGACUCUUGGGCAAUCAAGUAACACCGGGGGAUUCGGAGGGCAAGGAGGGCAACAAUCGUUGUUUGGGUCUACGGCGCCACAGCAGACGGGGGGCUCGUUGUGGGGAAAGCCUGCAACACAACCACAGCAAUUCCAACAGCAGCAGCAGCAGCAGCAAAGCGCGCCACUGUUCACGAAGUCGACCAAAUUUAACGAUUUGCCCGAUGAAUUGAAGCGCACGUUCGAGAACAUCGAUUCAUUCGUCCAGGGUCGCGUGCAAAUAUGCAACGACCUCAAGCAGCGCAAGCUUGGGGACGAGGCGAUCAAGGGUCAGGAGGAGAUUCGCAACGUGCACAAGGAGUUGACGGGGGCAAUUUCCGUGCUGACGGCGGACGUGCAGCACACAAAGGACUUGAAGCACAAGGUCGAGCAGACGGUGCAGGACACGAUCGUCGCGACGCGUAUCGUGGAGGGUUUCCGCAACCCGCAGCAGCACGGACAGUACCUCAAGACAUAUGCGAACUUCCCGCUCGAAUUCUUUAACCGGGUAACGGAGCAGAUGCGAGAGCGACUGCGGUGGUACAAGGCCACGAUUGAGGUACGCAUGCUCGUUACGCUUGCGAGCCGGCCCUCAUCCCUGCGCCUCCAGAACAUCGAGCGCAAACUCUCCUCCGCGGCCUCCCAGCCGCAACACACACCACAAGCGAUCGUGUCCACGCUCGAGGCGCAGCACGCGACGUUCAUGGCGCUCGCGACGAAGACGGCCGCGCUCGACGCGGAGCUGCAGAAGCUGCGCACGCUGUACACGCAGCUGUGGCGCGCGAAGACGGGCAGCAUGCGCGACCCGUUCAACGAGCUCGACCGCGGGAGCGACGUCGGCGCGCUCGGGCUCGAGAGCCUCAGCAGCGCGAAGUGAGGUGGUCGCCACGGUGCUCGCUUGUGUAGGCUGUAGUAUUGUUUGUGUAUGCACGG